AUGCUCCCAGAGUGCCUGAGUACUCCAUAUACGCAUAUCCGCGUUCUCAGGAACCAUAGAGACCAGAUGGUCUGUACGACAGGUUUUGUGAAGAGGGAUGGUGAGUUUGGAUACUUUGCAGCUGUGGAAGGGGGAUUUCCUGAAAUACUAGAAUCUGUACACUCGCUCAAAAGUACCUCGACAGAGGCUCAAAAGUACCUCGAACAAUGGCUCAAAAGUACCUCGAACAAUGGCUCAAAAGACUUGGUGACAUUUUUUAAUGGCGAGGCUUUAGUGUUUCGACCUCUGAAAACCGGAGAUUAUGUUGAUGGCACUCAAGUUGUUUGUCCAAGAUGUCAAAAAACGGUCCCUCGAAAAAAAGCCAAGAAUCAUUGCAGAAGAUGUGAAGAGAUCACAGGAGAAUUUCAGGAAAGCAUUGUUGAUGAAGACAAUGAUGGAGCUCACCAGACAGAUGCGAUAGUAGGAUCACAACGACCCCAUUCCGAUAUUGAAGACACUACAGACAUCUGGACGAGCCUCUGUGGUUCAGUACCAACUAAUAUGUUGCAGUCAACACUCGUGAACAUGAACGCCUCUGUGUAUCACAUCAAUGGGCGUGCAAUGAUCCUCACCCAGAAGCACCGGAGCUCGUGCGAUCCAUCCUCCCAGAGCCCCACAAGAUCUUGA